UGUCUUUCUUUUCCCAUCUCUUUAACUUAACUAUUACACAUUCUAGGCCUUUCUGGGAUUUCUUUUUUGUUGCUUGAUCACUGUUUAUAUUGUGUUAAUUGUGUAAAGUUUUGAUUUUUAUGAGGUGGGAAAGCUCUAAACUCAGUAAAUUUUGGGAUAGUUGUGUAAAGUUUUGAUUUUUAUGAGGCUUGCAUUUCUGUCUGGUAUAGAACUAGAAGGGAACAUAAAAAGUAUUUGGACUUUGCAAGCUAAACAGUGUGUACCAUAACUCGUUUGGUUGUAAUCAAGGCUGCAGUGUCAAAUGCCUAUCUGGUUAUUAUGUUCUUUUAGUAAGACUAUCUGAAGACUACUUACAUGGCAUCACAAUCGAACACUAGCUUUCACCAUGAGCAGACUUUUGGCUCAGCUGUAAAUCAACAUGCUAUCUCAUUUCAAUCAAGUGCCAUGGACAGCACAUCUCAGAUGAUUAUGAUGGGGAAUUUCUAUGGCACAAACAGUAGUGGAGGCAUGAUGUUUUCAGGGGAUCCCAUAAGAAACCCAAGUGUAACUCAAGCGACAAACUCUUCUGGUUCCCUUUUGAUUGAUUCGGUCCCAGGCCUCCAGCAUGAUACUGGUUUGGCUGUUGAGUGGUCAGCUGAGGAGCAGUACAGGUUGGAGGAAGGACUUGUCAAAUAUGCUGAUGAGCCAAGCAUCACGAGGUAUAUUAAAAUUGCAGCUACGAUGCGCGAAAAAACUGUACGUGAUGUUGCUCUGAGGUGUAGAUGGAUGUUGGUGAGCUCCUCACAUACUGAAAUGAGAAAGCGAAGGAAACAGGAUGACUAUAAUGUUGUGAAGAAAGUGAACGAUAGGAAGGAUAAAUUUACAGAAUCAUCAUCGAAGGCAAGCACAUCUUCAGUUCCACCACUAAAUUUGGCUGGAUAUUCCGGUACGAGAAAACAUCAAAGUGGAACUGGUCUCAUGUCUCAUGAAGCCUCAAACGGUGCAAGAAUUCUUUUGGAACAGAACAAUGAAGCUCUUGGGCGUAUAUCAGCCAAUCUCUCUACACUCCAGUUGCAGGAUAACAUUGAUCUCUUCUGUCGCACGAGGAACAAUAUUACUGCUAUCUUAAACAACAUGAGCAACAUGCCGGGCAUAAUGAGCCGGAUGCCUGCCCUGCCUCUAUCCAUAAAUAACGAACUUGCAAAUAGUAUCUUGCCCGGUUCAAGUAAGACACCUAUGCUUGGACUGCCAAACGAGAUCUGCCUAAAGCAGGAGUCAAGAUGAUACGUAAGUCAAGAUGAUACUGACGUGAUUUUUGAUGUUGAGCUUAAGCUAUCGGAUCCGUGUAAUUAGAUAUAUGCCGCUGUAAAUCUCUAAGAAGCUAUUAGGAGGCCUUAAUUAAUGUAAAGCUGUAAUUUUUUAACUCAUGUUGGUUCCGGUGAUGAGAGUAUUUGUAGACACCAUUUUUGGGAGCUUAAUCGUGGAUAAGGAAGCAGGGCUUACAUAACAAUAAUCACAAUAAUGUUGCAUAGACCCAACACCUUUUGGACAAUAGGGACAGUCUUUUGAACCAGUAAAUUUCGCUUUGAACCAAGUCGUCCUACCAUACGAACUGUGUGCUAAGAUGAUAUUUCUCGGAAGCAAUUGCAUCCUUGCCUUGUUGAGAUGUAAAUUAUGACAUGUUUUUGCUUGUAGUCUAACUGUUGUAAUGCUUUUGGGGUGUUAUUUUCUGCAAUUUAUCCUGACAGAAGUAUGUUUAAACAUUCUAGCAACAAGCGUAUGCUCU